UCGCCCGCUAUAAAAGCUUUCGCCCCUGGUGUCCGGCGAAAGUUUUUUUUCACUCAGUCCCACUGUGUGUGUGUGUUUUGUGUGACCUGUCGUCUACUGGGAUUAACCGAUCGUCGCCAUGAGGAUACCGGUGUUUAUCCUCCUCGUCGCAAGCGUAGCCCUUGCCCAGGAGAAGGACGCUCCGUUCUCCAUCGGUCUCGGUGUUUUGGCCCCUUCCUACAGCCAGAAGGUCGGCCCUGAUGGAAGCACCAAGAUCGACUUCAACCAGGAGAAGGAUGGGUUCUCGUAUUCCGUCAGCAGCGGCAGCCCAGGAGGCAAAGCGGCCGGUGGCAGCGGCGGGCUCCAGAAGCCCUACGCUCACAUCAGCGUGAGUCAGCAGUUUCAGCAACCAGCUGCUAAACCAGCAGCCGCUGUUCAAUACCAACCUUCCCCACCACCCAUCCAAGAUCAGCCUUACGGCCAUGGCAGCCCUUAUGCCGGUGCCCAGGCCGCAGGUGGAGCUCAACAAUACAGUCCAGCUUACGCAGCACCGGCUCCCGCAGCUUACAACCCACCUCCUCAACCAGCACCUCAGCAGGCUCCUCAGUUUACCGGUUUCUCUGGAGCUGCUGGUCCCUUUAGUAUUAGCAAUGCCGUUCAGCACGCUGGCGCUGGUGCCGGAGGUGCCCAGGCGUACGGUGGAGCUCCUGUUCAAGCUUAUGGUGCUGGCGCAGGCCAGGCUUAUGGAGGUGCUGACGCAGGCCAGGCUUAUGGAGGUGCUGGUGCUGGCCAGGUUUAUGGAGGUGCUGGCCAGGCUUAUGGAGGUGCUACUGAACAGGCCUACGGCGGUGGUGCUCCAGCUCUUGGUGGUCUUCAGUACGGUGGAGCAGGAGGCUUUGCUGGUCCUCAACCAGGUGCUUACGCUCAACAAGCUCCUCCUCAACAAGCUUUCCCAGCUGCUUUUGCUCAAGGAGGGUAUGGUGGUGCCGGAGCUGCUCAGCAGGCUUUCGCUGCUCCACAGCAAGCGCUCGGAGGAGGUGCUUAUGGUGGAGCGCAAGGUGUGCCGUCCCUCGCUGGUUUGAGCCAAGGCGGAUUUGUUCCAUCUGCUGGUUACGGUGGAGAAGCGCAAGGCGCACCAGGCGCUGGACAGGUUCCAUCUUUUGGGGCUAACGUUUUCGGCCCUGCUAACCAAGGCGCCGCAUACGCCGCACAGCAAGGACAUCAGGGCUACGGUGCUCAGGGUCUUCCAGCCGGCCUUGCUGGAGGAUACGGCGCCCCACAGGGAGCAGCUUACGGCGGUGCUGGCGCCGCUGGAUAUGGCGCCCCACAAGACGGAGGCUACGGCGCUGCUUCUAACGCUGGUGGUUUCGGCGCUGCUCUUGCCGGUGGUUACGGUGCUGCCCUCGGAUCCUUCGGAGCUGGAGCUCAAGGAGCCGGUGCCGCCGGGCCAUUCCCAUUCGCUGGUGCAGGAGCUUACGGUGGUGCUCAGCAAGGCGCCUCUUACCAACCACAACAAGGACACUAUCGUCAGUCUAAGUAAGAUCUGCCACUCUUCAAGGGUGCCUUAUGGAGAUGUUAGAGAAGAUAUGGCGAAGUUCGUGCAGCGCUCAUUCGUGGUGUUUUCUUUGAUACCUUUUGUAGAAUAUUUAUAUAAUGAGUGGGGAAAAUGUGUGCCUUGAAACGAUUGUUUGGGUAACGGUAAGAAUAAGCCGAGUAUGUUGGAAGUGAGCAACGGGGUACUAGCAGCCUUGUAUACACCUUGCCCUCCGUUCCCUGUCUCGAGUCUUACGGUUUGGAUUUCGUACACCGAGACAGGUGUUGUCCUUUUUGUUGUCUCGCUGAAACAACACAGAAGCAAUAGUACUGGCUCUUCGCGUGAGAACGUGAAUGGGCUAGGUACUUAAUUUCCCCUGUGCCUUCAGCUUUACUUCUUUUUUCUUUCCCCCUUUUUCUGUCCGUGUCCUGUUGUACAGCUGGCGAACCAUCGUGAAGAAUUUGGUGUGCAAAAUUGCUGGCCCUUGUAGUAGGCGUCUUCAAAUGGCGUCUUCAGCUAAUUGUCUACAAGUGGGCAUCGUUCUCCACAGCGCGUGCCAAAAGAAGAGGGAAUUCGUGAUGAACGAUCACACCUGAAACUCAAAGUAUAUUAUGAUAAAUAUUGAGACAAAAUCUAGCGAAGCCUUUCAACAGACCGAAUGUGUCACAGUCGCUGUACUAUGUCGAACUUUGAUUCCCAAUAUUAUUAUGAUGUGUGAAGUUCAUCUUGAUAUUUACAUACUCAGGCUAUUCGAUCAGUUUGGUACUUUGAAUAGAUAAAACAGACCAUGAAAGGGACGUUUGCCGUCACUUCCUCAUACCUGUAGGACAUGCAUUGUUUUGCUUGCGCUGUAAAUACACUGCGGUCAUAAAGUGUGUUGUACAUGACAUGUGUUCCUACUCGAGUGUCAGUCUAUGUCCGAGUGAUCUCUUGUUUAUUUAAACGAAAUAAAAUGCAUUUCU